CCAGUUAUUGUGAACGCGUCAUUAUUAUAGCUCAACGCGUGAAAGUACGGUAUGUGACGUCAUUAUAAAACUGCUGUGACGCUGGGGUCGACUAUUCGGUCAAUACGGUACACUCAAGAACAUGGCAGAAAGUGACUGGGAUACCGUGACCGUACUGAGAAAGAAGGGACCAUCUGUCGCACAGUCGAAGUCGAAACAGGCUGUUGCAGCAGCUCAAAGACGUGGGGAAGAACUUGAUACCACUAAGAAAUGGGCUGCAGGACAAAACAAACAGCACGUGAUCACCAAGAAUACAGCCAAGCUUGACAGAGAGACUGAAGAGCUUCAACACCAAAGAGUAUCUCUGGAGGUGGGCAAGGUCAUCCAGCAAGGCCGGCAAAAUCAGGGCCUGACACAGAAAGACCUGGCCACUAAAAUCAAUGAAAAACCACAGAUAAUUGGAGAUUACGAAUCUGGAAAGGCUAUCCCCAAUAACCAAGUCAUGGGAAAGAUUGAAAGAGCAAUUGGACUGAAGUUGCGUGGGAAGGACAUUGGGAAACCCUUGGAGGCAGUCCCAAAGAAAAAGUGAAGGCAAAGCCUCGAAGCAGCUUAGCCUACAAUAUUACCACCACAGCUGACAGCCUUGCAAAUUCUCCAGAGAGCUAGCACACCUUAACCAGUUUAUUUAACUUGGGCUGCUACUUUCUUUUACUGCCCUGAUUCCAGUAAUGAAUGUCAAGCUUGCAGGACCUGAUUUAAACAUCAACAUUGCAUUACUAGAUUCAAAUAUACUGUGGUUUUGUUUUGCAUCUGGCUUUCAGCAAACUACAAGAAGAGAAAAUUGAUUUUUACUGAAUGGUUUUAAUGUCUACAAUACUAUCUUCUAUACUCGCUGAGGUCUGUCUCCAUGUUCUGUGGUCAUUCCCUUUCAACUAGACAUGAAUAAGUUUGGCAUUUUGGCUAAAGGGUUUUAUUGUAGCGUAUGCUUUUCUAACAUUUAUGCAAGAAUGCUGCUUUCAUGGGCUGGUCUCUCCCGAAAAAGUGAUUUAUUAAAUCUCAAGGGACCAAAAAGUUAAACUAAAUAAUAAAAUCUGGAAUAUGAAA